AUGAUCGAUGAAUGUUCGUUUCGUCGAUGUACGGUUGAACAAAAGUUUGUUUUCAAAUGUCGCUUUGCUAUAACUUAUCGACGCUUAACAAUCUUCCUCAUCACAAUUGCCUUUAUAUUCCUUCUUUGGCUAAGUCACACAUCAACAUCUAAAAAUGGUAAUGACGAGAAACUCAAAUUACUCCAACAACAAACUUCAAUGCCAACCUUAGCUCGUGUCCUGUAUUUAUUUCUGUGUGAAAAUCAAGCUGAAGUUCAAUCUUAUAUGCAACUCUUUCCAAGUAUAUCAGCGGAUGCUGUAUUUUAUUGUUGGCGAGAAAAUUGCAAUUCAUCGGGCUUUCGUUCAUCGAAACACCUUUACGUUAAUUCGUGGUCAAGUGAAACAAAACGAAAUGAUAAACUGGUUUCCCUCGAACCAACUCCAUUGUUUUAUCCUGUUCAAUCACGUAUAUUUAUCAUCAAUGAAAAACAAUUGAAUAUCAAAAACAAACUAACAUGGACGACAGCACGAAAUAAAUUGUAUGAAUUGGCUUUGGACGAAGAACGUAAACAACAUUGGCGUUGGGCUUAUUAUAAUUUCGCUGAUGGCGAUGUUCACACGAAUUGUCCGCUAGCUGAUCAACUGCUAACCAAUAAAAUAAUCGUUGAUUACGGAAAUAAUGAAGAAUAUCUCUUUGCACCGCAUUUCUUUGAGUUUAUGACAUUAACAAAGGAAGUAAAUAAAGAAGAGAAAUGUUUUUUACUCUUUGAUGCGUUUCUUUUGUCUAUAUCACCAGCUAUCGCAACCAUAUCAGGAACUGGUGGUACAGUGGCAUAUCCUGGCCUUUUAACACAAGUUAUGUAUCACAUCGAUGCAAUGUUCAAUGCAAUACAUCGAGAUGCACUGCAAUUUCUACUCCCCUAUUGUCCUAGAUACGAUGGACGAAGUUGGUGGACAAGUCAAGCGAUAUUUGUUUAUCGUUCAUUAUGUUUAUAUGGACAUACGCUUACUUUUGACGGCCUUCAUAUUGCUCAACAAGCUCAUCGACUGUAUCCUCGUAUUGGUGAUCCAUGGGCGAUGGAUGAAGAUAUGAAUUUAGUUCCUAAUUUUUUGAUGAAUCUGAAAAACUACAUGAAACAGGCUCGAUUCGUUAGUCCCUUGGUUUUACAUCACUAUUCGGGAUGGAAUCUUCGAUUAACAAGUGAAACAUGCCGACAGAAUCAUACUGCUAUGACAAUUGAUACAUGCCUUGUACAUGGUAAUCAUCAACCGAAAUAG